AUGGCUGGCGCAGUCAGACAGCCCAUAGACGUCGCGUCCCUCGAGCGCUAUAUCUCCGCCAAUGUCCCGGAAAUCGCGGUUCCGAUCGAUGUAAAGCAGUUUGGCUAUGGCCAGAGCAACCCUACAUACCAGUUGACAGAUAAAACUGGCAAGAAGUAUGUCAUGCGGAAGAAGCCGCCGGGGACACUUCUUUCGAAGACAGCGCAUAAAGUCGACCGCGAAUACCGGAUAAUUCACGCUCUAGAGAAGACCGAUGUCCCUGUACCGAAAGCUUAUGCCUUGUGCCAGGACGAGAAAGUUCUAGGAUCUGACUUCUACAUCAUGGAGUUUCUCGAUGGUCGCAUCUUUGAGGAUCCAGCGAUUCCUGAAGUUACACCGGAGGAGCGCACGAAGAUGUGGCACUCCGCAAUUACAACUCUGGCCAAAUUCCACCGCGUUGUUCCUAAAGCCGUCGGCCUCGAGAGCUAUGGGAAACCGUCCGGCUUCUACAAUCGUCAAAUCUCUACAUUCAACACAAUCUCGAAAUCACAAGCAGCAGCAAAGGAUAAAGAGACGGGGAUACCAGUCGGAAAGAUUCCGCAUCAAGAUGAUAUGGUAGCUUUCUUCAGCGACCCCAAGACGCAACCAAAAGACAGAAGUAGCUUUGUGCAUGGCGAUUACAAGAUCGACAAUGUAGUCUUCCACAAGACCGAGCCUAGAGUUAUCGGUAUUCUCGACUGGGAAAUGUCGACAAUAGGACACCCCUUGAGCGACUUGAACAACGUAUUCGCGCCAUAUCUGUGGGCCGAUAAAAAGAAAGCACUGGGCAGCCGCGCGAACGAGGCAUUUCUACCUGGCAAGACGCCAGGCCUUCCAUCAGAAGACCAGCUCGUUGCGUGGUACUCAGAAGUUGCUGGGUGGGAUCCCAGACCAGAUUUGACUUGGGGACAUGCGUUUUCGACGUACAGGUCGGCGAUCAUCAUGCAGGGCAUUGCGGCGCGGUAUGCGCUGCGUCAAGCGAGUAGUGCACAGGCUCACGAGUACGCUUUAUUGAUGAAGCCGUUUGCUGAGGCCGCGUGGGAUUUGGUGCAGGAUUAUAAGAGAUCACACGAGAAAGCAAGGCUAUAG